CACCUUCAAAUUAAUUACGCACAGUUGUACUAUUCAAUCUAGGGUCCAUCAGUAAUGCUCGACAAAGCGCCUUGGACUCACUCACUUAAAUCAUUAUUCAACUGCAUCUUCAUCGUCCGCAUGCCUGAUUACUCCUUAGUACCAACGUCUACCUCCAUUUCUUCCGUUUUCUUCUGUCUUAGGAUCACGCUCCCCCGCCUUCGAUUCAGAAGGUUUAGGCUCCUCAGAAGUCAGUUCUUCGUCCUUGUUAAUUUGAUUUUUUUCGUCUGCCUCGAUUUCAUCUUUCUUUUCCUUCUUCCUUCUUGCGUCCUCAUCAGCAACACGUAGUCGGAGCUCCUUGAUUUCGUCGAUACCGGCAGUACGCUCC